CUCAUUUUAAUAAUUUCAAGCCAAACGCUAAAUAUUUGAAAGGUUUCUACUGUUGUGCGGCGUGAGCAGAGAGGAAGAUGAUUAUCCCAGUUCGUUGUUUCACCUGCGGAAAGGUCAUUGGAAACAAAUGGGAUUCUUACCUUGACUUUCUUCAAGCUGAUUACACUGAAGGAGAUGCACUGGAUGCUUUGGGGUUGGUCCGAUAUUGCUGCAGGCGUAUGCUUAUGACCCAUGUUGACCUUAUCGAGAAGCUACUGAAUUACAAUACUAUGGAAAAGCAUGAAGCCAAUUAAGGAGUCUUAAGGAACUGCAGACGACCGAAAUGUGUCAGUUGCGUGCUAGUCCUGUGGCCACAUGUCAAUUUUUUUUUUUUUGGGGUCCUUUUCCUUUAAAUUGUUCUAGCAAGCAGUUUUAGCUGUGUUUUGGUGUUAAUGUAUGCUAUGAUAGACAAAACUGUAGAAUGACAGGUUUUUAUAAAAACGGGAUUAUUUGUGAAAUGUCAGAAUUUAUACUAAUGCUUAGGAAUAUUGAUACCUUGCAUACUCUGCAUGUUAUGUUUUAACAUGCAUAUAAUGUGUGUAGUGAUAACUAAGGGAUAAUCAAAUCAUUUUGGCCUCUGGUUAUGA